GUUUCAACAUAAUGCAGGUAGUGAACCAAUCAGGUGUGCGGAUGGAAGGAAGCGAAGGAGCGGGGAAAACAGAAGCGACUCACGAGCGUAUCCGCAAACUGGCCGCCGGAAACGCCGUGGUGGUGUUCACCAUCAGCGGCUGCUGCAUGUGCCACGUGGUGAAGCAACUCCUCUUCGGGCUCGGCGUGGGACCCACCAUCUUCGAGCUCAACCACGACGAGGCCGGUCAGGAGAUCCACGCCAUUCUCCACGGCCUCUCCCGUGGAGAUGGCCGGCAGCAGGCCGUUCCGGCGGUCUUCGUGGCCGGGAAAUACUUGGGCGGCAUUGAAACCGUCAUGGCUUGUCACAUUAACGGCACUCUAGUCCCUCUCCUCAAAGACUCUGGAGGUCUCUGGCUCUGAUCGGUCACUUCUCUUGGCCAAGAAUAUAUAAUCUGAGAAUCAUUGCUGGAAAAUCUGAUAGGUGCUUUUAUAUUGGUUGUGAUUAGUAUUAGUUACGCCAUAUUAGUGUGGUUUGCCAGGAAAAGGAAAGUUGCUUUGUUAUACUGUAUCAUGUAAAUGUUAAGCGUGAUCAAAUUUAACUAAAUACGUAUCAAUACUACUAGGACUGAUUAUAGUAAGAAAAACAUGUUUAAGUUAUUUCUAGUACUCGUAAUUGUCUUUCAAAUUUGCCCACUCCACUGGCUAUC